UAUCAUAAAAAAGAAAAAGCUCUUGCCGCCAUGGCGCGUGCAUGCGCGCGUGACGUAUAGCUGGCAAUGCUGCAUUCAACUGGUCGAAGUGCACAAAGAGAAAGCUCCGUACGGGCGCAGGCGCUUGCGCCGUCAAGCCGGCUGAGGUAUAUAAAGGCGGCCGGGCGUCGCGACGCCUCCAGACGCGAGUGAGUUGCCGCGCCGCCACGAAAAUGUAAGCACAGUGUGUCGAACAGUGUCGAGAGCGUGAUCUAUCGCGCAGUCAUUCGAGCGAGAGAUAACGAGUAAACACACCUGUCGGCCAAUCGGGCGCUUCUGUAUUUACGAGUGUGCCAUAUUUCCUACUAUUACCGAGUUUUCAGUUAUUAGCAAGUUUAGCCCAUGGUUAUCCUAACGCUAUCCAAGGACUCUUCUUUCCGCGGACGAGCCUGCGAAGGAUCUUCGCACAAGAUGAAGCUGCACGAGAAAAAGGAGUCGAGCAUCCACAAGGUACAGGAGAUGCCUCUGGAGGAGCUCGAUUUGGCCAAGGAGUACCACAUUGACAAGAUCCUAGGCGAGGGCAGCUUCGCGAAGGUGUACUUGACGAGCCACCGGAAGACCGAGACACAGGUAGUGCUGAAGGCCGUUCACGAGGAGCUAACCAGCGAAAGGGACUUCUUCCGGGAGUUCCACUACUCUUAUCACCUGAGCCCCCACCCAAACAUCCUCUGCUCGUACGCGGUGGCCUUCAAGGCCGAGAGUUGCUACGUGUUCGCCCAGGAGUACGCGCCGUUCGGGGACCUAGCUGGCAACGUCAGGGCCGGUGGCCUCGGCGAGGAGGUCUGUAAGAAGAUCGCCUCGCAGCUUGCUUCGGCCUUGGACUUCGUACACUCGAAGCAGCUCACCCACCGCGACGUCAAGCUCGAGAACGUGCUGGUAUUCGCCCAGGACAUGUCGAAGGUGAAGCUCUGCGACUUCGGCAGCACCAAGCGCGAGGGCAGCCUCGUUAGCAAGAUCCGCUGCAGCUGGAUGCAGUUCCUGCCGCCGGAAAUCUAUGAGAUCAUCAAGAACGAGAAGUACACCUGCAAGAAGAGCGCCGACUGCUGGCAGUUCGGCAUCCUGCUGUUCGUCUGCUUGACGGGCAAUCCACCCUGGCAAAGCGCCGACCUCAUCCAGGACCCGGACUACUCGGUGUUCCAGCGCUGGUCCAAGCGGCGCACCGCCAAGAUUCCCCCCAACUUCCGGCGCUUCACCCCGAGGCUGCUGCGCUACUUCAGGCGGGUGUUCGAGCACAAGCCCGACAAGCGGCCCCUCGUCACCGAGAUAAACAAGUACCUCAAGGACGGCUGGUUCGUCGGCAAGAUCAGCCACAGCGCCACCUCCACGUCUGUCGACGCGGCUACCACAGCCGCCGCGGCCGCCGCAGCCGCAGCCGCCGCCGCAGCCGCCGAGAGCUUCACCAAGAGGCCGGACAGUCUGCUCUACCUCGACACCAUCAUCGACGACCGCAAUCUCGACGAGAACAAGAACAAGCUGAAGAAACUGCUCAACAGCUACGGCCUGGAGACCACCCUCAACCAGAAGGACAUGACCAAGAGGGUCUGGGACUGGGUCAUGCAGUGCGACUCCAGCCUGGCCGACUCCAGCCUGCUCUCCAGCAGCUUCAGCAGCGGCUCCAUCUGAGAUUUGGCCAGGUGGUCCAGCGAGCCUUGUCUCAAAAUUCCUCGCAGUGAUCGUCGAUACAGCUGCAUCGAAUUUGGCCUACCUUCCGACUGCGCCGACUUUACGGACUGACUGCCAGACAAGCGCGUGCCAAAUAGAUACUAGCAACUUCAGUCCGCGCACAGAUCCACUCAAGCUCUUCACCCAUUUAGUUCCAUCUGGCAACCAGAUAUUUGAUAGUGAGAUUAACAGGUAUAUUACUUUAGUUUUCCUUGAUCAAAGGAAAAAGGGUGAGUUAUUGCUUAGUUGACAAGUGCCUGCGCAUUGGAAUUAUUACAGCGUAUAUUAUAUAGUAGUCGUGUCGGUACUAUCGAUUUACUAACAAUCAAAGACAAUAAACUUUUCAAUGCGGCAAGGUUAUAGUAAGUCGAACCAAAUCUACGUUAAAAUUAUUUGCUGGCACAUUUUCAUUUGUUAAUAAAGUAAUAACGCUUGGGAAAGAGGCGCACAACGUCGCGUUCAUGAAAGCUGUGGCUGACAAAAGCAACCUUGUUAACAUUAGAUGCUCGUUUUCAACCAAACACUUCGUUCCUAUAAACUUGUAAAACAUGCGUACCAAACAAGCAUGAAUAUGGCAGUACUAAGACUGCUAAAAAUACAGGGAAACAAUAAUAAAUCACACAUCUCGAGGACUGCAUUCAAUUUUGUAAGAUUGUGAAUCACAUGUAAAAAUGUGACAGUAAUAUGAUAUUAAGAAUGUUGUUUUUACCUUAUGAUUAAGAAUAACAAAACUAUUAAAUAGGAAUCACUGAGUAUUACUGAAAACAUUGAGAUAUAGUACUAUGACUUUGAAUAACGAUUGAUUUCUAUACCAAAUAAACUCCCUAAAAUUGAUAUUUUGUGGAAAUACCAUUAAAAUAGAAUAAAUAACUGUGGAACAUUGACUUUGGGUCCAAGUUUUAAUAUUUAUUAAAAAAGAUUGGAUGCACAAGAUAUUUGAUGAACGUGAUCGUUUGUAAUGAAAUAUUGUCAUAUUUAAUAUCACUAAUUAAUAAAGCAAAGGCGGUUUCAUACAUUUUAUGCAAUAUAGAGUGAAUUUUAUCCUUUUUUAUGUAAGAAAUUUCACAAGAGAAACAAAAUUAAAGACAAUUUCAUAUUUAUAUUUCAUCUAAUUGUAAUAAAACAUUUUUUAACAAAAAACAAAAUCUACAAACGCAAUAUGAGAAAACUUUUUGGAACGCCACUCAAGCGGUUAAUUAAUAUACGUGUUACCUCAAUAUAAAUGUAGAGGCUAAUCCAACUCAGGCAAUUUAACUUUGACUCAAAUGUAAAUGAAAGGAACACCACCUAUAUUCAAAAUUGCCACUUCACAUUUUCGUGUGUAUGAAUAUUAACUGUAUACGUGUUGUACUAAAAUUGUUAUAAAGCCUACGUACGUACAUUUACGUUUAUACAACUAAAUGUUGAUGAAAAGGAACUUUAGUCAACCACUCAUGUGAUUUUGAAAAAAAAAAAUUUUUUUUACCUCGAAACUAGUCAUUUUAUUUCUACUUUGUAAUGCCGUAUGCCAAUGUAAAUAGUAAUAAAUAGUAAUAAAUUUUGUGUACAUAUAGAAAUAUGCAAGUGAAGAAUAAAUGAUAAGAGAACUUAGGAGUUGUCAUUAAAAAAAUGAAUAAGCCUUUUGUAUAUAUAGAAAAUAAA